CCAUCUUCUAGUGAGCGUACACCAAGAGUCCCAGCACCACUCGUACGGACCAAUGCCUUUACAACUGAGAAUUACAGUCAAUUGAGAGAGACUCCGUAUAGUUCUCAGUCACGGUGUGGGAAUAAUUGCUUGCUAAAAUAUGGCUUGCCACUUCCAGCCAGUGAUGACAUUAUUCCCACGCCGAAGUCAUCCCCAAGACGCUGAUAUUCGCAGCUUACCGGAACGGGUGUUGUGACAUAGUUAAAAAGAUCCAGAAUUGGCUACAGCCGCUGAAUUAUAGUGAAUCACUUGCAGCUAAGACCGUGGGAUGUUAUUAUUCAACAAUGAUCGAUAUUGAUAAGGCACGGGUGCUUGCUAAGUUUGAGCCUGAAUCUGAUACACGGAUCUUGGUAUCAUCUGAAUAUUUGUCUCAUGGCAAGGACGUUCCGGAUAUUGAUAUAGUUGUUAUUUAUGGAACCCCUCUAGACAAGGAACCCAGUCUUUUCCUUCAGAAAUUUGGUCGAGCAGCACGAGGACCUGACCACAAGGGAAUCGCUGUUGUUCUAGGGGAUGCGUGGUGUUUAGAGGGUCAGUCUGGGGGCCACCAGUCUAUAAAUACCAAAAGUAAAUUAAGUCAGCUGCUGUCCCAUGUCCCUAUCACAUCGGAUCCGCUUGAUACCUCAUCGCCGGUGUCUCUUAGUGAUUCGAUUCCAACUGACAUAUUAAUACCAAGCUCACCUCCAGUACGCACGGAGUCUUUGGUUCGGAAACAGGCUAAACGACGACGUAAAACCAAUGCUGAGGAACGGAAAGAGUUGCCCGAUGUGCUUCUAGAGUUUGUGAACAGCGGUGGAUGCCUUCGGCAACCAUGGUUGACGAUAACGAGAAUUUGGAGAGCAAGGCAUGGUGUUGUUCUAAUUGCAAUCCUAAUCUCGAUAUAACAAAGCUUCGAUUGGAUUUGGAUGAUCUCAAUGCCGCUGAGACUGGAUCUUGGACGGCAUGAUCCAUUGUUUGAAGAGGCAUUAAGUGGUUGUGGACAUGAUCAGAAGCGAAUCUUGACGAAUACUCAUUUGUUCCU